AUGGCCGGCGCCGAGCAGCCCCCGCGGCCGAAUGAUACUGAGGAGGCUGUGGGGACUCGGGAAAGCGGCGAGGAGAGGCCGUUGGGGCCUGGCUUGGCCUCUCUCUCCCAAAUUCUCUCCACAAAUGAGCUGCAAGAAUUGAGUGAUGAGGUCUUCAGACUCAGCACUGUACAUGAAAUUGCACUGAAUGCUGACUUGGAAGUGCACAUGGUCAACUUCCCCCCACACAGCCUGGAAAAUAGAGUGAAGGAGACACUGCACAAAGCCUUCUGGGACCACCUGAAAAAACAGAUCUCUGCUAGUCCUCCAGACUACACUCAGGCAAUCCAACUGCUGCAGGAAAUAAAAGAGGCUCUGUUAUUACUGCUGCUGUCUCAGAAGCUGCAAAGCCAAAUUGAAGGAGUCCUGGACGUGGAGCUGAUUAGGCAGGAGGCUGAGCACGGGGCUCUGGACAUCCGCGCUCUCACCACCAGCAUCCUUGGCACGAUGGCAGUCUGUGCGCCUUUUUGAGAUGAGGAAGUGCAAGGACUGCAAAGCCUCACAGACCCAGCUGAGCUUCUCAAGGAGAUCCUCCGGAUGCUGGACCUGAUGAAAAUGGAUACGCUGAAUUUUACCAUCCAGAGCCUCCGUCCAUACUUACAGGAAUGCUACGUCCAGUACGAACAGGAGAAAUUCCAGAAAAUCUUAGAUAAGCUUCCUAAUAGUCUGGAUAACACAACAGAGUGGCUGCGCAGAGCAGCAGUGUCUGCAUCCUCUUUGCAGUCUCAGUCCUGCCCUGCAGCCAGCAGCUCUUCUGAUGCACGCUUCCAGGGAGCAGUCAGCAGUAGCACAGCUGUGCCCAGUGUCAUGUCUGUGCUAAAUUGAGGCUACAUGGAUCUGCUCUGCUGGGAGCCCGGACACAGUGAAUACCCAGAGACCUUGCUUCUGGAUCAGGCUCGACUACAGGAAGUACAAACACAAGUGAAUCAGCUUGCCAUCAUAGCUGCAGUCCUGCUAGUGACUAGUGGCGUGUGUGGAAACACCUUAUUUGGCUCACCUGGGUUUAUUGAUAGGCUGAAACUGGUAACAAAGGCCCUCUUGGAAGGGCUGUCUUCUAUCAGGUAUGAAGAAGCUUUGCAAGACAUCAGUGAUCAAGUGCUCCAGGAAGUCAGCAGAACACUCUCACAGCUGGGUUACCCUGCUUUUGCCAGUGAGAAAUGUACAUCCCUGAAAGGCCAGAUAAAAAGCAUUGCUGACAAGGGCAACGCAGUCCAGCACACCAUCAAGCAGUGGAUUCACCUGUUCCUCAGCCUUUUUAUUGCCCCCGAUGGACAAAAUUCUCAGAAAGAUUUCCCAAAGGGUCUCAAUGCCGUUCAGGAAGAGCUGCAGGAAGUCGGGCGCAGGUUCAGAAGUGUGACCUUCCACAACUGGCAGCUGUUUGGCCCUUUCUACUCAGCAGUUCUCAAGAAAGUGCUUUUCCCAGAGGCAGAACCAGAUUCAGGAAGAGGUUCUAUGUGA